AGAGGGUGAGGAGGGUGAGGAGGAGGAGAAAGGGGAGAGGACGAGUUGUGUUUGGAAAGUCAGAGGGAAGCUGAGAGUGGCACAAGAAAGUUGACACCGCGCAAGAGGCGAGAAUAGACGGACGAGCUUCUGUUUCGUGAGAGGCAGAGACAGCGAAGCGAGCGGGACGCAGGAGAAGAUGCUGCGCGGCGGGAAACGGGAGUCUCAGACGGCACAUCGCUGCUGCCGGGCCGCACAGCAAGCGAAUCAGCGGAUCAGUGUGUAAGAGCAUCCAGUCCAGUGGAUGGUGACAACUGGGACGCUGGACCGCAGUGUUUCUUCUCAGAGGACUGAGACAGGACGGGACGGGACAGGAUCCCAGUCUCUUUGACGUAAAGACCUCCUGAUCCUCGUCGCAGAGCUGGAUGGAGGGCUGCCCGACUCCUCGUCUGUAAUGAAUGAAGCCCUCUUAAGGCGGACGGGGGAACAGUAAAAAUACGUGUCCCGAAGGAAGGCCGUGGCAAGCGGCAACCCACAGCCACAAAUCAACACCAGAGGACUUUGUUUUCAUCGCUGUCACGUCCUGUGGCGACGGCAGAGAAACAGGCGUGUUGGCAGGACUGCUGACCUGCGGAUGUGCACCAUAGGAUUCUAUUUCUGGAGCCUCGUUGCUCUUACAGAUUAACUGCCCUCAAAUAUGGCCCCAAUCCGUUCAUUGUGCCACUAGUUUGACUGCUGCUGGAGGUUGUGCAUAUUCGAGCUUCAAAACAACCCACUGCGUGCGUCAGUCCAGUCAUUUGAAGGCCUGCUGCCUUUGGCCUGUUUUAAUAAGGCAGUGCACUGUUUUGUUUUUUUCAGACUCCUGCAGAGGAACAAACAUGCAGCUGCAUCUCACGACGGUUUGAAAGCCAUUUUUUCUGCUCUCCUUAAAAUCAUUUCUCACUUCCCAAGUCAUUGGCCGUUUCCACUCGGAGCGGCUGAAGGUGAUGGAUUGAUGUCUGAUGAUUUCAUGCUAAAAUGACAACACUGUGCUUAGAUUAAGACUUUAUUUUUUAUUGCAAAAGUUCACAGAGGCAAAUCAUAUCGAAAUCCCAUUGCCCGAUAUUUCCAUUAGUCUGUCUGGGGCUAAUCAAGGUCCUCCAUCAUCAGAAUUGACAUUUCCAUAUUGUAUGAGAGAGAAAGUGGCUGACAUUAGCAUAUUCAUGAAUACUGACACAUUCAGUCAUGUGAAAUGGAAGACAUGGCGCAAACCCUGAGCAAUCAAGCCCUGAAACAAAUAGCUAAUGACAUGUGAGGAGAAGAGGAUCCUGAAUCUCCCUUUCGCAAGUUCAGCACAUCCCAUAGCACACUGGCGGAGGCUACCACUGGCACAUUAAGGAUAUUUCACUGUGCCAUUGAGCUGGCAUGUGUUGGUGGCCUCUGGACCAAGGCCUAUAAUAAGAGAAAAAUCGAAGAAUAGGAUUAAAGAUGGAUUAUCACUGAAAUACUAAAGCCAGCAAAGCAGCUGCCUUUGCAUAAACCCAUCGGGCGCUCUUCAGGGAGACGCUCCGCAGACCGAUUUGUAGAUUACAUUUGGUUGUUGAUGCGGUGGCCUGUUGUGUCGCUGGUAUUAAAACAGAGGGAUGGAGAAUCUAGAUGAGCUGGAGCACCCUCUACUGGGAGAAAGCCCCAAUGACAGCCAGGUGUCAGGACAGGGACUGGGGCCCGGGACUGGACAGGCCCCUGGAGGGCUGCUCAAAGGCAUCUUGAUUAAGUGUGAGGAGGACAGGGCUUACCCUCCUUUCGCGUGGAGGAGCUAUUGUGGACAUCCUCCUGAGCUUCAGCAGCAGCAGCUACUGGACCCUUGUUCCUUACCUCGCACACUGGAGUCCUUUUACCCACCGGCCCCCAUCUGGGGCCACGCAGACUCCCUGCUCAGCAAAGACUACCUGGAGACCACCUUCGUGGACAUUCGGCCCGGUUCCACGCUGGAGAGGAAGCUGCUGGCCGAAACGCAGGACUUCCACGGUGUGUCCUACAGCAUGGAUGACGAGGAUGACCUGCUUCCCGACUCCGAUGACUCAUCCAUUGAUGACUUCAGUGAUACAGACAGCGAGAGCAACUUCCCUCUGAUGAUCCCUCAGGACUACCUGGGUUUGGCCUUUUUCUCCAUGCUCUGCUGCUUCUGGCCCCUGGGCAUCGCUGCCUUCUACCUUUCACAGAAGACCAACAAGGCGUCGGCUCAGGGGGAUUUUCAGGGGGCCAACGCUGCGUCUCGCCAGGCCCUGUGGCUCUCGGUGCUCUCCAUUGUGUUUGGAAUCAUAACGUACAUCUGCGCCAUCGCUGCGUUGAUUUCCUACCUGUCGGGAAAACCGCCGUAAGGGCGGCUGCCGCGCCGACCUCUCACACGUUUCACGAACACAUCGACACAUGCCAACGCAUCACCCGUACAUGUCAAAUAAGCCCAGUGUUUGUUCCGUCGACCCCAUCCGCAGUUUUUAUCUACACGAGGCAGAGAACGGACGGUGAAAACAGGACCGAGGACGUUCCUCACUGAAAGCAGAACAUCCAGUCUGUAAAUGUGUUUUGUUUCAGUCUUGAGUCACGUGUCUUUCUUUUAGUAUGUGCUGUCAUCACGUUAAACAUUACCGUAGUGCAAAAAAAAAAAAGAAGAAAGAAAGAAAAACUGUGACGACAAACGCAGACGUGAU